GCAGGUUUUUCUUCCAAUGGAACAUUAACGUCUCGCUGCGCUGUAUUAGACUGUACUGGUACAGCCUUCUACACAACAUAGCACUGUAAUUUCUUCUGUAUUGACUAACAUUUAGCUGUUUUUUCCUGUUUUUUAUUUUUUACAAAACACCCCACACAAACCAACCAUGCCUAAGCGGAGCAAAGCAGCAGAUGGUGAUUCAGCGCCCAAGAGGAGAUCUCUCAGGUUGCAAGAUAAACCACAACCUUCAAAGCCAGAGCCCAAAGCCAAAGCAAAGAGGGGACCUGCUAAGGCUAAGAAAGCUAAGGAAGUGGAGAAGGCCAAGCCUGAGGAAAAGGCGCCAGAGGCCCCCGCUGAGAAUGGCGAAGCCAAAGCUGAGGAAGAGACACCAGCUACAAAUGCAGCUGAGGAGAAAGAUGAGGCGGCAGAAUAACAUCUCUCCAACCACAUCUUUUACCAGUGCUCCCUGUACCUCUUUUCUUGUACAAUUCAGGGGAAUAUUUUUAUCAACUAUUUUCUAAAUACAGGUUUUUUAGUAGUUUGAUUGUAGAGAACACUUUUUUUUAAUGAAAGAAAAAAGUCAAUUUGGAAAACGGGGAAAUUUCAUCACCUCCCACAAUUUUGCAUCGCCAUCAAAAAAAAAAAAAAAAUUGCGGUCGUCGUUACUGUCAGUGGUUUUCAUUUCAGUUUCUAAAUGUGAAGGAGGGGAGGGCGCGGGACAGGUUACGGUGUCAACACAAACACGUCUGUCACAGGAGCUGGGCAACAACCGAAAGCGCUUGCCUGAGAGGAUUACAUUCCAUAUGCUUUAUAAGGGACAGUGUAUGUAAUCUGGACUGGGGUGGGGACAGACAAAGUCACAGGGCAACUCAUUGUUUUGUUGUUUAUAAUGAAAAAACAGUGUUUUAGAAUGUUUGUAAGCUUUGUUCCUAUAUGUUAACUCUUGUACUCAUGCAGUUUUCUUAAUGAAUCUGAUCAAUAAAACCUAAAAUAUCUAGUACUGGAGCUCUCCCUAUCAGAACUGUGCAUCAUGUGUGUUGGUUGUGUCUGUUCUGUGAUAGCAUUGCAAUAAAUUUGUAUAGCUGCUGUGAAAAAAAAAAAAGACAAAGGUUUUCAAUCUUUCUAUACGCAGUGUGUAAACGGUACAUUGUAAGGAUGAUUAAAGUGGAAUUAGUUUUUUGUUUUUUUUUUUUGUUUUUUUUUGGCCAAGCUAAUGAGUUGUGUAACCGACUAAAAGCAACUGUUGAAUGGCUUCUGAAGCACCAACGACAAACUGUAAGUUUAUCUGAGAUGUCAAAUGCAGACCAGCAGUAGCAAUAUCCAUGUGGGUUCAAGGUAUCUGUAUUCAGUACAAGUGUGCAGUUUCUUUUGUUUAUAGAUGUACCUGUGUAAUGAUUGUUUAAACCAAUAAACAUUGGUUGGUAGUUGUUA